UACAUAAAUAUUACUCAGUUCAGUCACAAACACAAAUACUAUGCGAGCUUUUACUUUACUUUAUAACGAAAUUAAUGCUAGGUCAGUUAUUUAAGAUUUAGAACAACAGUAUAAAGAGUGAAUAUAAUAUCCACGUAGGAGAAUUAGUGUCACAUAGUUUAUGAAGCAGCAACGUCUUCAAACUAUAAUCAACCAAGAUGAGUACGAAUACGAAGAAACUUUGGGGUGAAAUAGAUGAUAGAAUAGACGAAACAGUACUACAGAAUGUGAACUUCAAUCCCAUCAUAGAAUUAGGUAUGCAAAACAUUCCUGAAAUCUCUAUCACUGUGAAAUCAUCGCCCAUCGAGCUUCCAAAACCAAACUUAAUCACUCACACGAUACAGCUUCACAACUAUGCCAGACAGCUGUCAAGUAUAUAUGAACAAGCCGAGGCAGCAAUAUAUGAAGGCGGAAGGUUGGCCCCCUUGAACUUACCUCCAGAACCUCCACAACCAGAAAUAAAACUAGAACAUGAGGCAGAGCCACCUAUUAACUUCCUCGAAAAGAAAUAUUGUGACUUUUCUCUUGGUAAAGGACCUGUAAUCCUCCCGUUUACACCAGAAAGCCACAAAAGAGCAUUACGCCAGUGUGCAGCCAUAGCUCUGGGCCACAUUGGCAUUGCAACAACAACAAACACAGCUCUGACAGCUGUAGCUGAUGCACUCGACAUACAUUUGACUAACAUGUGCAAGUUAAUUAGGACAGUGGUUGAUAAAGAGGCUAGUGGCCUGAAAUCAGGAUUCCCAGAUGCCAUUUCUAAAGUAUUUGCAGAUCUUAAUGUGGGAAACCUACAUGAGUUUCAUGAAACCAGAAUUGUAAAAUACCAUGCUAUGAUCAAAAAUAAAUGUGAGGAGUUGAAAUACCAGUGUCAGGCUUUGGCUAUGAGGGACAUGACUCCACAGUUGAAAUUGGAAGAGGUCCCAGAGUUACACUUCCCGGCUGCACUGGAUGGGGCAUUCACACCAUCAUUGGAGCCCGGUUUCCAAAUGCUACACAGUUUAGAACAAGAACAGCUACAAGGAUUGGAGCUACUUGAUGCAGUGUCCACAGAUGACAUAAAAAUAGAACCUAUGGAGUUCUCACAACCUGAAACUACUGCUAAAUUACCCUCAUUGUCCCCUAGUGCUAAGAAAAAAAGGAAAUAAAAUUUGUCCACCUGUUAA